AUGGUGUCCGAUCCGAGCCAGAGACGCUCUCGAUCAACGACUGCCCAACACGCGAUAAGCAAAGCACCACUUGCCCGGUCUACACCACAACCCACCAGACCCUCAACUCUUGCUCACAUACAUACAUAUCGCAAGAUGUAUACACCACAAGACAACCACCACGUAGUGCACAUCGGUGGAGCGUCCUUCGUUCCACCCAUGAUGACGCACUUUGCCCACGUCCCCAACCUCGCCUCGAGCCUAUCCUCCCCCAUCUCCGAGUCCUCGUCCUGCUCCUCUCCUGUCCACUCUCGCUUCUCUUCCAGCUCCACAUCCGCAGCAUCGGAGGCUGAGUCGCUCGAAGAAUGGGAUGCAGUUCAAGCGCAUCUGGCGUACGCACGACGCAUGGCCGACCACACGGCGAGCAUGUGGCAGAAGGAAAGGCUCGCUAUCGAAAAGGCCAAGCUCGAAGGAACGUACACGGGCAACAUGACGAGUCGACAGAAUGGAAACGCAAGGCCAACGAAGGAGGAUGAGGUCAAGACGGCCGGGUCGUCGACAGGGAGCGAGAAGAAGAAGGCGAGAGGGUUCGGCGGGCUCUUGGCAUCCAUCUUCUCACCAAGCGCCGACGGUGAGCCUCAACGUGGCAGGUCUAGACGCCGUUCGCAGUAG